UGACACACGGCAGUGGGAAUGUUCCAAGUCAAGUUACACCCCGAGAAAGCUGGCGAAGUUAAUUGUCAUCUUGGCCGCACAAUCAUGGCUGACUUAAAUCGUCGUCACAUACGUUAAAAACAGCAUCAACGCAAGAUGCAUAAGUUGUUCGCGCGUAUCCUGUCCCAGCGGGAUUUGUCUCGUGCCGGGGAUCUCUUCUCUAUUCCUGACUCGGAGAUCGUCGACGACCUUUCCGAGGCUCUCCAGCACAUCCAGAUGAUCUCAUCAUCGUUGGAUUAUCUGAAUAAUCACAACGAUCAGGCGGUGGUUGAGAUUUGUAUAACGAGGGUCACAACUGCCCUCAGAGAUACCGGAAGCAUAGAACAGCAUUCAGAGGCAUUGGUGUCUCUUUGGUGUUCGUGUUUACAGCAUAAUUUGAAACCGUUGACUCGAGACGAAGACACGCCCCACGCCAAGAUCGCAUCCGAUAUCAUGAGUUGUCUCUUCAUGCAAAAUUACAGUAAGUACUCCGUCAUGAAGACAGUUCUCCCUGUAGCCGUCCAGUUUUUAAAGCAAGAGAAUCAGGAGAUCUGCCGUAACAUGUCAAGCUAUUUAGCCCUGGCGGCCAUCGAUAACGCCAGCCUUCUUGCUCUGCAUUGUGAUGACAUCACAGAGAGUAUCAUUAGUGGCAACAGAUCCCUGGCCCGCAUCCUGCCCCAGAUCUACCUUGAGAAGCCUGGCCCGAUUGACGCAAACAUCGACGGGUUACUCAGCGUUUUACCGCACUGUGAAGACGUGGAGAAGACGCAUCUCUUCCAGCUUGUUGGCCUGGUCGCCAAACACAAUCCAAAGCUCCUCUUGAAUCAUGUCCCCUUGUUGGUGACCUGCCUUAAGAUCCCCAACUCCUCCCAGACAAUCUUGGCCGCCCUGGUGGAUGUGGUCUCGGUCGAUGCCAGACCCUUCGCCAGCUGCCUCUCCGAUCUUGAAGAUGCCAUCAGUAGACAGCCUUCCCUCCUCGGCAUGGCGUUGAAGAUCUUUGGUGCAGUCGGAAGAUUAAAUCAGGUGAAUGGUAAGGAAUGCAUGGCCUUCCUGGUACAGCAACUAGGAGCCAUUGAUCAAACUUCCCUCCCCGCCGUCUUGAUCGAGAUUAAGAGCAUCGCAGAUCAGCAUUCGGGUCUCCUCGGGACGCACAUCGCCGAGAUCUCUCUACAGGGUGAGAGUCCGUCCAUGGCUGCCCGAAUGAUCAUCCAACAACUACAGCAAGAUAUGACAUACCGGAAAAAGGAACUUCUGGAUAGCGGCACUGAAUACAUGGAAUCAGGAAGAUCACCAGAGUUAUUAUCAUCGCCCACUAAAGCACAGAGCAUGUCUGAGAUGCACAGCAUGGGCCUUGAAACGGAGAGGAAGAUGCACUACAGAAAGGGCAAGGCAUCCAAACAAGGCUCCGUUGAUCAUCUCUUCAACAGUGUCCAGAAACUGAUAACGUGCACUUCGUCGACGGCGCUGAUGCAAUCAGAGACACAGGGAUCUUUAAAAGAUCUAGACGGAAGCACAAAACAGGUCAAACUGAGGUCCCUAAGUCAUUCAGGUUAUCCUGAAGCCGCCCAACUCACAGAAAGUAGGACUAGUCUGCAAACAGUGGGAUCUACUUUGUCCAAGACAAAACUUAAGAGCCCAGCCUCUUCCUCCUCGUCGCAGAAAUCAGACGUCCAACGUCGAAUUAGCAACAAGGAGGGGAUAUCGGCAGCAGGAGGAAGCAAGGGGAAUCUCCACCAGGAGGAGACCUCAAGACCUAGUAGUGUCAUCAAUAGAAUGAGCAGCUCAACCAACUCAAGAUAUAUCAGGAACUCUCAAAAUGGUGGCAGCAGUGGGAUACACACUGCCGAGGAAGGCAGACAAGACCUGGAAGGUAGAGGUGGUGAUCUACUCACAGCGAAGGCUUCUCCAUUGGAAGCAACAAAGAAAGUGCCUUUUGAAGGAGUCAAGACAGGAUUUGAUGGAGCAAGAGGAACCUCGUCUUUGGAAGGAGGCAAAGUUUCUUCCUCACUAAGGUCUACGAAUAGAGACAGCAGUCUUCAACAGUAUCUGUCCAAGAGACAGAAGGAGAUCAUCAACUACAUGGAUUCCAUCAAGAAGAGAAUACCAGUUCCUGAUGAGUGUUCUGUCAGAGAGAUAACUGGUCGGAAUCCAGUGGGUAAACUUGACUUCUACUGCCAGAAGAAAGGACGGAACUGCCUGUAUAGUACAAGCCCGUUUGUUGUGGAGACCAAAGAGACUCAGCCCUGGAUUCAUUUAAAGUUUCUUCAAUUACAGGCCACGUCUCCUAGUCCAGUAUCCCUUGAUGACAGAGCAGUCCAGAGUCUACGCAAGAACUGGGAACGACAAAAGACUGCAGGAGGAACGAUGACAUUCCUGAAACUCAUCACUCAAAAUUUCCCACCGUCCAAGGUACAGCAAGCUCUCACAGCUGUUUUAAAUAAAGUCAGUUUCUACGAUCUGUUUACAUACAACAUACAUCUCAACAUCUGGAAUUGUUUCAUCUGUAAUAACCCUAAUAAAUUUGACCUAAUCUCAGGAGGUCGGCCGUUCAUCGAGGGACAACUCAAAGAGAAGAAAGUGCGCUUCAAGUUAUUCCGACGAUGGCGGACUCGCUACUUCACCCUAGCGGGGGAGCAACUCUACACAAAGAGCAACUCACAAAGCAAACCCACCUUGCCAAUCGAGCUCAGUAAAGUUCAAGGCGUCAAGACCGUGCACGGUGGAAGACGACACGAGCGGAGUAUCCCCAAAGCCUUUGAAAUCUUCACUGCCGACAAGACGUACAUCUUCAAGACCAAAGACGGGAAGGGCGCGGAGCAGUGGGUUCAGUGCCUGACGUUGGCGGUGCGAAAGGCUAGCCAUAAGGGAAGUAGUAGUAAUGGCGGAGGAGCAACGAGCGGAACGAAUCCGCCGGAUAGCGAGGGGAUGCCAAGGUAGUCGUUUAUCAAUUUUUGAGAGAUUUUUUUAGAGAGGCGUCGGACAGCUGCCGCUUUACAGCAAAGGUACCAAGCGAUUUACUCUUUCAGUUUUAAGGCCGUUUCUGAAGUAGCGGCUGUGGCUCUGGCUAUGGCAGGAUCUCCUUGUUGAAGGCAUAGGCUGCCCUUAGCAACAGCCUUAGUAACAGCCACAGUCGGUAAUUUGGACACAGCCUUCUUUCGGCUAUAAUGGUUACAAGAGAUGUAAGCCAGUUACUCCUUGCAUGCCAUCACAAAGUUGCAAAUUGCUGAAAUAAAAGUAAUAAUUAUUAUUAUUUAUUUGGCCACGAUUCCAACAAAAAAUACAACAGCAAGAAAUACUCUUUACGUAAAAUCUGAAGAUCACUUAUCUCAUUUUUAUUAUUUGGAAGUAUUCUUCAAUACUCAAGAUAAUUUAAAGAUAUUUAUCAGACUGAAAGUGAAUGUUGAAUUGUUAAGCUCAUGCCCGCCAUACUUGUCCAGUCAGGAGUUUACCGGCCCAAUGCUAAGUGUUUAUUUUUUAGACAGAAGAAUUCUGAAGAAAAAUGGUGCAUUUAAUUUUUAAAAAGUCAUCUCGUUUAGUUUUAAAAGACGACAACUAUCAUUUUUUUAUUGUUCAGUUUUAUGCAGAAGCAACAAAUAGGGAAAUAUCCGUUUUAUAAUAGCCUAGUUGAAUUUUCUGAAUUGUAAUUUUGUUUUAUAUAAUUCAUUUCAAAUAGAGUAUAUAAAGGUAACAGUAGCUAUUUUUUUUUUUUUUAAUUUUAAAAUAGUAAAAAAAAUUUAAUGGUCAGAGCCGAUCAUUAACAUAUUAAUGUUAUAUUGAAUAGUUUAGACAUCUCUUAUUCAUCAUAAUUUCAAAAGACUAUGAAAUAUGAUGAUUCAGUAGGAUGGAAUUGAAACUUUGCAUGGUGGAGAUACAGUCUAGUGAGGUUUGCAUUAACACCAUGUACAUGAGUAGAAUUUGAC